AUGGAAAAUUCCAACGACAGACAGAAAGACCAUGCUGGGACUUCGGAAUUCGGUAAAGAUGGCUUCGUUUCAGCACCUGCCGUCCCUCCCAUCGCUAUCGUCGGCAUGGGGAUGCGACUUCCAGGAGAAGUUCGAACGGGGGACGAGUUCUGGGAUCUUCUUAUCAGUAAACGGGACUGUUCUUCUGAUGUCCCAAAGAGUCGCUAUAACAUCGACGCCUUCUAUCAUCCCGAUAAACCCCAGUCAGUGAAGACAAGACGGGGAUAUUUUCUCAACGACGAGUACAUGCAGGGUUCGGACAACUCAUUUUUUGCAGAAAUACCGGGGUUUAACACCAGUGAACUCGAUCCACAGCAAAUGUCACUCAUGGAGGUGGUUUGGGAAUGCAUGGAGAACGCAGGACAAACUAAGUGGCGAGGAAAAAAGAUCGGAUGCUACGUGGGAGUUUUUGGAGAGGACUGGCAUGAACUGACAGCCAAAGAGCCCCAACAUAUUCCCCGUGUGCAUUCGUUUGCGAACGGAGGAUUCACUUUGGCAAAUCGAAUUUCCUACGAGUUUGACUUGAAAGGGCCCAGUGCAACCAUUCUCACUGCCUGUUCAUCCUCACUUGUUGCAUUGCAUGAAGCUUGCCAGGCUCUUUACAGCGGAAGCUGCUCCUCAGCCGUGGUGGCAGGAGCCAACAUGCUGUUGACUCCUUCUACAAGCGUAAACAUGUCUGAGAGCAUGGUUCUCUCCCCAGACGGCUACUGCAAAGUUUUUGAUGCAAGUGCAAACGGCUACAGCCGUGGAGAAGCGGUGAAUGCCAUUUUUAUCAAACCUCUAGAUCAAGCAAUUGCAAAUGGUGACAAUAUCCGGGCCAUCAUUCGGGCGACAUCCGCAAAUUAUGACGGAAGGUCAGCAAAGAUAUUCGCACCCGAUAUAAAAAGCCAAGAGCGGCUCCUUCGAGAGGCUUAUUCAAGGGCUCAUAUCCGUGAUAUCUCGCAAACAGCUUUUGUGGAGUGCCAUGGAACUGGCACACAAGUUGGGGAUGUCGUGGAGACAACUGCCAUUGCUCGGGUCUUUGAAGGGAAGGGUGUGUUCAUCGGAUCUGUGAAAUCAAACGUUGGACACGGUGAAGGUGCGUCGGGGUUGACCGCUAUUAUCAAAGCCGUGUUAUCCUUGGAACAUUCUACAAUCCCCCCAAAUCUUCAUUUUACGCGUCCCAACCCCAAGAUUCCGUUCGAAAAGGGCGGGCUCCAGGUCCCCACUGAGCCCAUUCCAUGGCCUCGCGAUCGCGAGAAACGUGUCAGUGUGAACUGUUUUGGCAUUGGAGGGAGCAACGCCCAUGCAAUCUUGGAAGCAGGUCCUGCUGUCGAUGAUGUCAAUAGAAAGAUUAUUGACAGGCAGUCAAUCCCUUAUAUUCUCCCCGCAUCGGCGCAAAGCACCCCGGCCCUCAUCUCACGGCUUGCAGGAAUACAAGAGUACUUGAAGAGGAAACCACAUACGACACACGAUGUCGCAUACACUCUUGGGGCUUGCCGCGAUCAUCUGUCCUAUCGAGGAUACCUGAUCACUGACGGUAAGAGUGGCAUAUAUGAAAAUCAAUCGACCCCACCAGCAAUUACGGGAGUUCCGCGUGUGGUAUUUGCAUUCACUGGACAGGGUGCUCAAUGGGCGGGUAUGGGAACGGGGCUGAUGGGCCACUUUGAUGCCUUCCAGCGCGAUAUCCGCGCUCUGGACCAGAUAUUGCAAGAGCUCGAGUCCCCACCAUCAUGGAGCAUUGAAGGUGAACUUUUGAAACCCGAUGUUUCUAGCUGCGUCGAUAAGACUGAGUACUCUCAGACAUUGUGUGCCGCGGUCCAGAUCGCCUUGGUCAACUUACUAGCUAGCUGGGGAAUUUUCCCAUCGGCAGUGGUUGGAUACUCUAGUGGUGAGGUUAUUGCUGCAUAUGCAGCGAAGGCAAUUUCGAUGCGUGCGGCUAUCAUCAUCGCACAUCUCCGCGGAAGAUGCAAUGAAUCCACCUCACAGGCUGGAGGAAUGAGCGUUAUUGGUCUCGGAAAGGAAACCGUGAACCAAUAUUUGAUUGACGGGGUGGUUAUCGCGUGUGAGAAUAGUCCUCAGAGCGUUAAUAUUUCAGGACCUAGGUCACAGUUGAGAAAAGUCAUUGAUCGCAUCAUCGAAACAAUGCCAGAAACCUUUGUUCGAGAGCUGCCUGUCGAAGUUGCUUAUCAUUCCCCGUGUAUGAUGAAUGCAGGUGUACUUUUUGAAUCGGCCAUUGCCUCUCACAUUGCUCACUAUGACACGAUGCUUCCUCUUUAUUCUACAGUGACAGGCACUAUGAUAACGGACCCGUAUCAGCUAGAUGCCACUUACUGGCGUAGAAGUCUAGAAUCACCGGUUCUAUUUUCUACGGCAGUCAAGACUUUGAUUGAUCAGCAAAAGGAUCGGACGACCGUGUUCGUGGAAAUCGGGACUCACUCUACCCUUGCCGGACCCAUCCGUCAGAUCGUGUCACAUCAAUCAAUUCAGGCUUAUUACCUCCCUACGCUUAUAAAAAAGGCAGCUCAAACACAAUCCAUCUUGACAACAUUAGGGGAACUGUAUUGUCACGGACACCCCGUCGACUUCAGAGCAAUAAACGGCACGGGAAAUGUUCUCCACGACCUCCCCAUCUAUCGUUGGGAUAGACAAAGCAUUGAUUGGAAAGAAAGUCGCCUAAGUCAAAAUUGGAGAUUCCGCAAAUAUCCCCAUCAUGAGCUGCUAGGUUCUCGCAUGUUGGAAGCUAGUGAUAUUGAGCCCGCUUGGAGAAAUUUGUUGAAGGCCAGGGCCGUCCCGUGGCUUAGCGAUCAUCAAGUGCUCGGGGAUGUCGUGUUUCCCUGCGCAGGCUAUAUUGGAAUGAUUAACGAAGCAAUACGCCAGUUGUUCAACACCCAAGAAUGCACAAUUCGCAACCUACAAAUCACGGUUCCGCUCGUUGUGCCAACUACCGAGGGCCAUGAUGUCGAAAUUGUCACUACAAUGCGGCCAUUGCGGAUAAAUGACCGACUUGACUCUAAAUGGUUCGAAUUCACCAUUGCAUGUUACGAUGGAAACAAUUGGACCAAGCAUACUACUGGCCAAGUGGUGGCAGGUGCCGAGAAUUUAAAGAUUGACGUUCCAGAAACGCAUCGGUUUCAACGGCCUGUGAAUACAAAAUCCUGGUACAGCUCGCUCGCAAAGGUCGGGCUACAAUACGGGCCACACUUUCAAGGCCUAGAGGAGAUUACAGCAGAUAUUACCAGCUUCACAGCCAGCGCCGCGGUUAGUGGAAUAUUCAAAGGAAGCGACAACCGCCAUGCUAUCCACCCGACUGUUAUUGACCAGUGCUUGCAAUUAUUCAGCGUCGCAGCCUGCAAAGGAAGGGCAAGGUAUCUGACAAAACUGUUCAUCCCGAUAUUCAUCGAUCAAAUUUCUCUUGGUCAAAAUAGUGAUGUAAUGAAGGUUGAAGUCACCAGAGAAAGCUUUGCCGGAACUCAGGCCAAAUGCAGCAUCUCGAUGAGUGAUGGUACAAACAUGGUACUCGCAAUGAAUGGGGUGACUCUAGCUCAAUUGGACCAAAGUCUCGAGGACGAGACAUCUGGAAUUCCUUUGCUCUCAGAGCCAGAGUGGCGUCCGGAUCUUGAUCUCCUCCCUGGUCACCUUCAGCUACCUUCUGAAACGGACAGGGGCAACACAGUUGGAUUGUUGGGUAGGGCUUCUGUGCUGUCUAUGAUUUGCGUGCAUCAAAACAUUGCCAAAGUAGAACCAUUCUCAGAACACCUUCAGGGCUACAAACAUUGGUUGUCAAAUCAAAUCAUGAAGUGGAACAGAGAGGGUAUAUCUUUUGUGCCCGAAGCGCAAUCAUGGACCCAAAUGGACAGUGACAGUCUGCGGGCACAGAGGCUGACACUAGAUAAGCAGCUUCAGGCUGAGGGAUUGGGCUUCAUCUCCGAGCUCAGUCAGGUGACAGUGAGAGAGAUGGUAUCUCUUGUUGAAGGGUCAAAUUGCUCCUCGUUAGCCUCAAGAAAGGUCAAGCAACUACAGAAACUCCACGACUGGAUCGAGUCUCUCAGUGACCUAUUCGGAUGGUUCUCUCUCCUUUGCCACGCCCAACCAAACCUUCGUAUCCUUGCGGUUGGCGACGAGACCGGGUCAUUCACUUCUUCUGUGCUUCAAUGGCUUACUUCCGACGGAAAGGUCCUCUGUGCGCAGUACACGUUGGCAACGACACCUGAUAUUGAUGCCGUUCUGAAAGAUCGAUUCAAAGACAACAACCUAGUAGAUUUCAAGUCGUUGGAUCUCGAUACAGAUCCCCUUCAGCAAGAGUUUAAUAGCGGUGACUAUGACCUUGUCAUUGCAAUCAAUAUCGGCGCUCGGGUUUCUGGUGUGACACCAGCACUGCACAGUAUCGGAAAGCUUCUGACUGCUGGUGGACGAGUUCUAAUCCACGAACACUGCCCCGAACUACCGGUGAUACGCUAUCUAUCAAACCCCUCCCAAAUCCAAUCAUUUGAUGUUGAUAUCGAUGCCAAGUAUAUGUCAACUGAGGUGUGGGAUAGAAAACUUCGACAGGCUGGUUUCGGCGGGGUUGAGACAAAGGGUGAUGAUGGCAAAGCGCCAUAUCGUAUCUAUCGCAACAUGAUCGCACGCAUUCCACCCAGGAACUAUCUGCAAGGGAACACUGUAUAUCUUCUUUGUCCGAGUGAGAUGCAUCUAUACCCAUGGCUGAUGGAAGUUGAAAAUCACUUCAUCGGAAACGGCCACACCAUGAAACGAUGUACCAAAGGAGAAGCGAUACCUCACGGGCAACGAGUGAUCUCAUUCCUGGAUUUUGAGAGUCCGUUCUUCUAUGAUAUGAGCGAGGAAGACUGGAUGCUGUUCCAGCAGCUUAUGAACUCCACCCCCCAGAUCCUAUGGGUCACCAACUCGGUUGAGAUAAAAUGUGCUAAUCCAAACUUUUCCCUUGUAAUGGGAGUUUCCCGUACCGCACGGCAAGAACAGGAAAUCCAAUUUGGUACAUUUCAAGUGGACAACUUUGAUAGCUUUGCCGCAGAAGCACUACUCAAAGUAUCGACAAAAUUCUUUAGGCAAGAGGAUCAAACUGGUUUGGAUGAUGUUGACUAUGAAUUUGCCCUCCACGAUGGCUGUGUCUACAUUCCGCGAAUGCGAUGGAGCUCCCUUUCGGAUAGAUUGCUAUACUCCCCUAACAUCGAUGUACCCAUGAAGCUGGACAUUGCCUCCUACGGAACUCUAGACUCACUGUCUUGGCAAGAGCAUGAGCUUGACUUGCCCGAGGCAGAUGAGAUCGAAGUUGAGGUCAAGUUUGUCGGGCUUAACUUCCGAGAUGUGAUGAUUUCAAUGGGCUUUAUGGCAAACAAAGAUGAAAUGGGAAUUGACGCUAGUGGGAUUGUGCAAAGAUGUGGCACCGGAGUAACCGAGUUCAAGAAGGGCGAUCGAGUCAUGAUAAUGCAGCCUGGGAUGUUCCGCACACGUGUGGUAGUAUCUACCUCCCGGUGUAUACAUAUGCCACCGUCGAUUUCGUUGGAAGAUGCUGCAUCUCUGCCUGUGGUUUACACCACAGCGAUGUAUUGUAUAAUGGACAUUGGGAGAUUGGAGAAAGGACAGUCUGUUUUGAUUCAUGCAGCAUGUGGAGGAGUAGGCCUUGCUGCAAUUCAACUUUGUCAGGUAAUUGGGGCAAAGAUCUAUGCAACUGUGGGCAGCGAGACAAAGGUACAGUAUUUGAUGAAUAAUUUCGGGAUUCCUCGAUGUCACAUUUUCAGCUCUCGGGACACCUCCUUCUAUCCCAACCUCAUGAAGGAGACUGAAGGUCAGGGUGUUGAUAUUGUGCUAAAUUGCCUUUCUGGUGAUCUUCUCCACGCUUCAUGGAAAUGCGUCGCAGAAUUCGGCAAGAUGAUAGAGAUCGGAAAGCGAGACUUUCUAGAGCAUGGAACCUUGCCAUUGGAAGCAUUUGGGGGCAAUCGGGCAUUCUUUGGUGUUGAUUUGAUUCGACUCGCAGAAAAGGCAGGAACAGUUACAAGACUCUUCCGCCAAGUUAGAGACCUUUACGAGGCAGGGAAAAUCACCCCAAUUCGUCCAUUGAGUAUUUUCUCCAGCACCGAUGCACCUGAGGCAUUCCGUCAGCUUCAGCAGGGAAUUCAUAUGGGCAAACUUCUCGUUAGGAUGCCAGAAAUAUCCGAGCGAGGGUUAAUUGCCAAGUCGCGUUGCAGGUCAAAGUUCUCCCCUAGUCUAUCCUAUAUCCUAGUCGGGGGUCUAGGGGGUAUUGGACGAGCGAUAGCAACUUGGAUGGUAGAACGUGGUGCGCGAAACUUGGUCUUCUUGUCCCGAUCAGCAGGAGCCACUAGUCAGGACCAGUCAUUUCGUCGUGAGCUGGAGUUGCAGGGCUCUACAGUGACUAUGAUAAAAUGUGACGUGGCGAUCCAAAAACAGGUUCAAGCUGCCAUACACGCUUGCCCUUGCCCGGUUGGAGGAAUUCUUCAGCUCUCUAUGGUAGUUCGAGACACCUUCAUUCCAGAUAUGUCUCACAAGAAUUGGCAGGAAGUUCUUUCUUCAAAGGUAACCGGAACCUGGAACCUUCAUAACGCGCUGGAUGGGAACGAUGCCGAUCUCCAAUUCUUCGUUGUUUGCGGUUCCAUAACCGGCGUUAUGGGCAACGCUGGCCAAGUCAAUUACUCAUCAGCCAAUGCUUUUGUGUCGUCAUUUGCCCAGUAUCGGUUACAAAACCGGCUACCGGCCGCUGUUGUGAAUCUCGGAGGAGUCGACGAUGUAGGAUUCCUCGCGACACAAGAUCCAACGCUUCGAGAGCGAAUGCGUUCAGGCUCUGUGAGGUUGCUAAGCGAACAAGAGGUUCUGGAUGCAUUUGAGCUUGCGAUAUUCAGUGACGAUGUUGAAAGAACCUCGAAUUCCUCGAAUUCGCUGCAGAUACCAAACAACCUGAUUGUUGGCAUGAGCAGCACAAAAUCCCUUGCUGAUGCCACUGUUCGGCCGCUUUGGGGGCAAGAUGCACGUUUCCGAGCUUAUUCGCAUCUUGACUUCGACCCAGAAGCAACUACUGAUGCCUCCAAACUUGCCACCAGCCUUCGAUAUAUGGUCUCCCUUCUCGAAAAUGACCCGGAUACUCUAGAUGGGCCAGCUUGGAAGGAACAGAUAAUGGCGGAGAUCGUCAAGAACCUGCAGCAAUACUCGACUUUUGCCCGUGGGAAAGACUCCGUGCAGCUCGCCACAAUACCAAUCGACUCGCUUAUGACAGUUGAGAUCCGAAACUGGUGUCGUCGUUAUUUUUAUUUAGACCUGUCACUGAUUGCGAUAACUAAGGCUGCAACUCUUGGGGGACUAGGAGGUUUGAUUACUGCGACGCUACGCUCCAAGUACAUAAAGAAAUAG